AUGCAUUCCCCUCGCCCCCCUUCUCGUCGUUGUCUCGUCCCUGUUCUCCUCACCCGUCCUCGUAUCCUCCUCGCCUCGCCACUCCUCGUAUCCUCCUCGCCUCUCCCCUCCUCGUAUCCUCCCCGUUCCUGCCCAGCUCCCUUCCCCCCUACCACCAUCCUCCCCCUCCUCAUCCUCUCGGCGAGGCAUGCCCUCGCACUCCCUCUACUGGCGCGUACACCGCGCACGCUUCCCAUACCUCACUGUGGGUGGAGGUGGUAUAGGCUUGGUACGCGGUAUACGCGCCGGCAGAAGGGACGCGUGCGCAAGCGUCGCCCCGCUGGCAAUCUCGGUGGGCUGGCAUAG